CUAAACUCGGCUGGGAGAUUAUUAGUCCAGGUGAUGAUGAGUCUCAUGUUAGUUUCGGUGCUCACGGUCAUGAUAAUCAAGAAACAUCUAUGCAUCCGAUAUUUUACGCAUUCGGACCGGCAUUUCGAACUAAUUUACAAGUGGAAUCAUUUCGUAGCGUUGACUUCUAUCCGUUGAUGUCGCAUGUACUUCAGCUGAAAGAAGUAGAAACCAAUGGUUCAUUCAACAAUGUUCAAGGUAUUCUCAAGGAAUUCUUCAAAACGGAUAUUCUUAACACAAUUCACACAUUAAUUACUAAAACAACAGUGAAACUACGAAAUUGGGGAUACGUGGAGAUUGUCUGCUUAAUUUCAGUGAUUUUAAUGGGUCUGGUCUUUACUAUUGUUGCCUGUCGAUAUUCGAAACAGUUAGUCUAUGUUCAAUCGCAAUAUGAACCGAUUCGUUACCGUUUGUUGAGUAUCACGGAAGGUUCAACGAAUAAUUUUGUGGCUAGCGAUAGUGACGCUGACGAGGUGAUCAAUUGA